AGCUCUCAGCCAAUCGGCUUUUGCAAAGCGUCCUAAGCUGACGUCAGCCCGGUACCGAUGAACAACCGGUAGCAUUGAAGACUGAUUGAGGAGAGCUGUACGGUUGCCCGGUGUUUGUAGCUUUGUCUGCCGAAACCCCCGCCCCCCCCGUCACACCGCCCUUGUCAAACGUGUAAACAUCAUGCCUUUCGAUGUUAGGAGAUUCGAUAUCUACAGGAAAGUGCCAAAAGAUCUCACCCAGCCCACAUACACAGGAGCCUUCAUUUCCAUUCUCUGCUGCGUCUUCAUACUCUUCCUGUUCCUGUCUGAGCUGACGGGAUUCAUAGCCACUGAAAUCGUAAAUGAACUCUAUGUUGAUGAUCCUGAUAAAGACAGUGGUGGGAAGAUAGAUGUGAGUUUAAACAUCAGUUUGCCAAACUUACACUGUGAUUUGGUGGGUUUGGACAUCCAGGAUGAGAUGGGCCGCCACGAGGUCGGUCACAUAGACAACUCGAUGAAGAUUCCUCUCAACCAGGGUGAUGGUUGUCGCUUUGAGGGAGAGUUCACCAUCAAUAAAGUACCAGGAAACUUCCAUGUUUCGACACACAGUGCUACAGCACAGCCCCAAAACCCUGACAUGACCCACACCAUCCACAAGCUGGCCUUUGGAGAAAAGCUUCAGGUACAAAAAGUACAAGGAGCCUUCAAUGCGUUAGGAGGGGCUGACAGGCUCUCAUCUAAUCCUCUGGCCUCACAUGACUACAUACUGAAGAUUGUUCCAACAGUGUAUGAAGACCUAUCGGGCAGACAAAGGUUCUCCUACCAGUACACGGUGGCCAACAAGGAAUAUGUUGCUUACAGCCACACAGGCAGGAUCAUCCCAGCCAUCUGGUUCAGAUACGACCUCAGUCCAAUCACAGUCAAGUACACAGAGAGAAGACAGCCCUUCUACCGCUUCAUCACAACGAUCUGUGCCAUUGUUGGAGGGACGUUCACAGUCGCAGGCAUCAUCGACUCUUGUAUAUUCACCGCCUCAGAGGCCUGGAAGAAGAUCCAGAUAGGAAAAAUGUCAUGAGGAUCGCUCCUCACCUCCCCCAACACAUCUUAUUUAUAAGUGCAAAAGUGAAUAGCCUGCUAGCUAAAUCCAAUCCUGCUUGAACCAACAUCCAUGUGGAGAUGUUAUCACCGUGACCAAUGAAAUGGCUCCAGCACUCGAUCUAACUACCAGGCUAAACGCCACUACUGCAUCUCGGUUACUGAAGCUCUUCUCAGGCUCCAUCUGAUCUGCUGAUGUGUGGACGCUGAGGAUCACAUCUAUGCUUCUUGCAUCUUCAGUGUCAGGAGAGGAGAGGAGAGGAGAGUAGAGGAGAGGAGUGGAGAGGGAAGCUCUUUGGUGACCGUGGAGAUGAAGUCUAAAGUACCACGUUACAGAGUUCAACCAGUAUGGGUGUUUUAAAGGCUGUAGCUGGUAUUUUUAGAAUGAAGUUAAAAAAAAAAAAUAGAUGAGAUUUCUGCAGAUAUUCAAUAUUUCAAAUAUGAUCAAGCACCCUGUGACACAAAUUUGUGCACUCCACAUGUAUCCAAUCAUAGGGAAAAUUUCUAUUCAUGGCUGAAUGAUUUACAGAUUUUAAAAAAGGGGGUGAAAUCAAAAUGUAUUAUUUACUAUAUUCUUUUUUUGACCCAAUCUACUAGUCAGCCUGAAUAUCACUUUAACUGUACUGUGUUUAUUUCCCCAAUACUGCAAAAGGGAGUGAUUAUUUGAAGGAGAUGUUGUUCUUUUUUAUAAACCUGUACCUGUACCACAUAACUACAUUUUAUAUCAUGUAACAUGAGUUUUUUUCAUCCAGUCUGCCAUUUUAUCUCCAGUAUUCAAACUGUGUGCCUUUGGGUUUACUGUUCCACCAUACAGCAUUAUCAUCAGCUCUCAUUAGUUUGUUUCAGUGGCUGCCACUAAAACCAUUGUUUUCACAGGUUAUUUCAUGCCUGUUACAGCUACAGUAUCUGUGUAGUUAAUUUUUUUUCAAUUAUUAUUAUUUUUUAAUACAGGGAUCAUUGUUUACCUUUCAAUCCAUUUAUACCAAACAUUUCAUCAACAGUAUUGAAGGUCCUGGUUUUGACUUAUUCCAUUCUAUUUCAAUGAUAGCAAAAAAUAUAGUGAAUGUCUUUUUUUUUCCCUAAGAGAUAAAUUGAUUUUUUUUUUUUUUUUUUUUUUUUUGUUUGUUUUUUGUUUUUUUACACGGUACGUGAAUGUGUUUACUGAUUAUUGUUUCAUGAAGUUGUA